GAGACUGCACCAUGCAGGAAGCGCCAGCCGCGCUGCCCACGGAGCCAGGCCCCAGCCCCGUGCCUGCCUUCCUCGGCAAGCUAUGGGCGCUGGUGGGGGACCCAGGCACAGACCACCUGAUCCGCUGGAGCCCGAGCGGGACCAGUUUCCUCGUAAGCGACCAGAGCCGCUUCGCCAAGGAAGUGCUGCCCCAGUAUUUCAAGCAUAGCAACAUGGCGAGCUUCGUGCGCCAACUCAACAUGUACGGUUUUCGGAAGGUGGUGAGCAUCGAGCAGGGCGGCCUGCUUAGGCCGGAGCGCGACCACGUCGAGUUCCAGCACCCGAGCUUCGUGCGCGGCCGCGAGCAGCUACUGGAGCGCGUGCGGCGCAAGGUGCCCGCGCUGCGCGGCGACGACAGCCGCUGGCGCCCGGAGGACCUGGGUCGACUACUGGGCGAGGUGCAGGCUUUGCGGGGAGUGCAGGAGAGCACCGAGGCGCGGCUGCGGGAGCUCAGGCAGCAGAACGAGAUCUUGUGGCGGGAGGUGGUGACACUUCGGCAGAGCCAUGGUCAGCAGCACCGGGUCAUUGGCAAGCUGAUCCAGUGUCUCUUUGGGCCACUUCAGGCGGGGCCGAGCAAUGCAGGAGGCAAGAGAAAGCUGUCCCUGAUGCUGGAUGAGGGGAGCUCAUGCCCAACACCUGCCAAGUUCAACACCUGCCCUCUGCCUGGUGCCCUUCUGCAGGACCCCUACUUCAUCCAGUCGCCCCUCCCAGAGACGACUUUGGGCCUCAGCCCUCACAGGGCCAGGGGCCCCAUCAUCUCUGACAUCCCAGAAGACUCUCCAUCCCCUGAGGGGACCAGGCUUUCUCCCUCCAGUGAUGGCAGGAGGGAGAAGGGCCUGGCACUGCUCAAAGAAGAGCCGGCCAGUCCAGGGGGGGAUGGCGAGGCCGGGCUGGCCCUGGCCCCAAACGAGUGUGACUUCUGCGUGACAGCCCCCCCGCCACUGCCUGUGGCUGUGGUGCAGGCCAUCCUGGAAGGGAAAGGGAGCUUCAGCCCCGAGGGGCCCAGGAAUGCCCAACAGCCUGAACCAGGGGAUCCCAGGGAGAUACCUGACAGGGGGCCUCUGGGCCUGGAAAGCGGGGACAGAAGCCCAGAGAGUCUGCUGUCUCCGAUGCUGCUUCAGCCCCCUCAAGAAAGUGUGGAGCCUGCAGGGCCUCUAGAUGUGCUGGGCCCCAGUCUCCAAGGGCGAGAAUGGACCCUGAUGGACUUGGACAUGGAGCUGUCCUUGAUGCAGCCCUUGGUUCCAGAGCGGGGUGAGCCUGAGCUGGCGGUCAAAGGGUUAAAUUCUCCAAGCCCAGGGAAAUCCUGAGUUCAGGCUGCACUGCAGAGCGUUCCUUGAGCCACCCAUGCCCUCACCAUUGGGCGAGAGUGGGGAGGUUAAGAAUGGAUGUUUCAUCCUAACUGAGCAGAAGGCAGGCGGUCAGGGCUCUCCUUCCCUGAAGAAAGGAGGGGGAACCUUUCCCCUGGUGAGAGCAGUCCCACUUCUCCUAGGGAAGGACCCCACGCUCGGGGCCCCACUCCUGCUCGAUGUCCAGGCAGCCUUGGGAGGCACAGCCCUGGGCCUGCCUGGGGCUUUAACCAUUUAUAGCACUCCUGAGAGCCGGACCGCCUCCUACUUGGGCCCGGAAGCCAGU